AUGGCAAUCAGAUGGCUUCUCUACGCGGACGAUGGAGUACAAGUCGGUGCUUCCCAACCUGGAGCGGCGAUGGCAUUGCAACUUCCUUCACGACGACCGUUACUUCGUGCACGGAGGAUGGAACGACAGUGGCGGCCUGGCCGAUUUGAUCUACCUCGACCUCAAAACGCUGAAAUGGGCAGCGCCCAAGUUCAAGGGGACGGCGCCGUCCUUCCGCAGAUGGCACACGAUGACGCAACUGUCCAACACCAACGGCCGCUACUUCCUCUUUGGCGGUUACAAUGGCGGAAAGAUGCCCCUUGGCGACGCCUUUCUUCUCAACAUUGUCGACGACAAGCAGUUGGUGCUCCUCGGCGGCUACAAGGAGUCCGACAACGCCAUCUACAAAGAAAUCGCCGUUCUUCACACAGACGACAUGAGCUGGCACCAGGUGUCGGCGCGUGCGGUUGGUCCAAUGCUGCCGUCUGUGCGCAGUGGCCACUCGGCCACACUCAUCGAGGGCGAGGGCAUACUCGUGUGCGGUGGCUGGAAGCCGGACUACAUCCAACCGGCCUACUGGAUCGACCUACGCAUGACCUAAGGGCUGCUGCAGAAGAACACCAGAUGAACAGUGCACAAACUUACAGCUCCGGCAGGCAAUAG